AUGAAGCCCGCCGAGAAGCACUUUCGCUGCACGAUCUGUCAGCGGGGCUUCACGCGCAUUGAUCACUUGAAGAGACACCAUCUCAGGCAUUCCGGCCAGAAGCCCUACUCCUGCAUUUUUUGCAACGAGUCCUUUGCGCGCUGCGACAAUCUACGAGAUCACUAUACGGAUUGCAGCCAGCGCGGAGAUCGCAAGAUCCCCGAGACGGGUCAACGAGGCCGGCGGCGACAUGCAUGUCAAUCGUGUACGGCGAUGAAACUCCGCUGCGAUGGUAAUACCCCGUGCGAGUCUUGCGUUAAAAGAGGCUUUAUGUGCACAAACCCGAAAGGGCCGAGUCCAAGUGCCAGUGUCGAGGAUGGAAAAAACUCGCCGAACCCUCAAAUGCCUCCAAUCUAUAGACAACCUUCGGAUCGCGGCUCGAUUAAAUUCCUCCUAAACGGCGGUACGGACUCUUUUACCGAAGGCUUCAGGCUUCCCCCUCGCAACGAUCGCGAACGCGACAUGGUGUAUCACAAUCAGACUGCGUUGGAGGAGGCAAACACAAAUGGGGAAAUUUACCCAUCUUUCGACAUGCAAGGCGACCGGGCCGACUUCUCACCAGGUUUUGCGGAGUCCGACCCGGCGAAUCUACAAUUCUUCCAAGACACGUUUCUGGACUUCUUCAAUGGUCCUUUUGGUGACAGUCAGAAAUCUGCGGAACCCCCAUUUGCGGGUCAGGUCGCAUACCCAGCUGCAUUUGCAUCAGGACAGGACGGCAACAUGGCCCUGCCAGCCGAACAAGGGGUUUUUGAACCCGAGCGACCCUUCGCAAUGGCUUUGAUUCAAUCGAUUCUAGCACGAGCAUGGACAGUCCCCUUGGAUCCCAAGGCGCAAGAGGAGAUAUCAACGAACCUCAGCUUCCUGCUGACAACGGCGCGCAUACGCAAGUUCGUGUCGCUUUAUUUCAAGUAUUGGCAACCAAGCUGCGCGAUGAUCCACAUCCCCACAUUUGACCUAGAAUCAAUUGCAUUGCCUCUGCUAGCUGCAGUCACAUUCUUCGGCGCCAUGUAUAGCCCUGAUCAAAGGGAGGCGUACGUGGCAAAGCGACUGCUCGAUUUUGCCGAACUGUUUAUCUUUUCAAGUCACAUUUACUCGCCAGAGACCGAAGUUGCCAGCAUUUUCACUGGACUUCGAAGUGCCGAGGAUGAAUCGACUGAUUGGAUGAAAUUUCAGAACUUCCAGGCUGGCUUCAUAAUUACAGUCGUGCAAUACUGGGCAGGAAGCCGAUCGUCCAAGAACCGUGCGAUGGAGAAUCGGUUCAGUGAGGUCGUCAAGGUCGCCCGUCGUCUUAACCUUGUCAAAGUCCGGCAUACACCCAACGAGGAGCAAUUUGAAGAGCUCUUAUGGAUUCAAAGAGAGUGUCGUAUUCGAACGAUUAGCAUUAUAUCACUACUGGACUGCGCGUUCUUCUUCUAUCAAAAUUAUCCGUGUCGCUUGACACAUGCGGAGAUAGAGUCCGAGCUACCCUGUGAAGAGGCACUUUUCCGAUCUCCACAUCCAUUUCAAGAUCCCAAGUUUCGCUUUUCUCGCGAUAUUACCAUAUAUCAGGCAUUCCAACAUAUGUUCGAGUCAUCUACGCAAGAUGACCCUCGGGGAUCGCCCCCAUCUGCCAAGAUGGAUCUUACGGUUCUGGACAUGUUCAUUGUCAUUCAUGUUCUAUUCGCUUUUAUCAAUACACACAUGACACUUGUGGGGCUACUCAAACGCCAAGCCCUUGUCAUUCAAUCUGCCCAAAACGAAGGCAACUGGGGCAAGAGCAUGAUCCCCGAAGACUCGAUUCUGAGUUCAAUCCGAACGGCCUUGAAUCGCUGGCGUGACUACUGGGUUGCCUUGCGCAGUCAAGUGUCUAAUGAUGAAUGGGCGUCGAUGGGCUUCUACAAGAACGGGUACAACUUUUGGCUCGUGUCUCAACUGCUCAUCACCAAGAAGGACGCCGUCGAUGUGAUUAUGCAGAUGGAAGUGCAUUGCGAAGAUAAACUCGAGAAGUUAAAGGUAUUGUUGCAGGAUGAAUAA